CCGGCGCCGCAGCCUCACCCUCCUGCCGCCUCCGGGCUAGCUGCGACCUCUAAUCGCCCGCCGACAGAUACUGAGCUUUUCUCAUCAUUGUGGAUCCAUAACACGGUAAUCUGGGAUUCUCCAUCAUUUAUCCAGAACCCAAUCUGUAAUUUGUAAAACUGCUAAAGCUUAAUUCCAUCAAACCGAUGCUUUAAAAAGCGGCGAUCAUCUUCUCUCCAUCAUUCCAGUCAUAUUCAGCUUCACCCAGGAUGCUGAGGCUCCGCCUUUCCAAUGCCACAGUUGCAGUUAUCUUGGCAAUUCAGACAGGAUUCCUAGUCUUUCUAUAUACUCAACAAGGUGGCUUCAUUCCUCAGUCUAUGGAAAAACCCGCCCAGGUGCACAUCCUCAUCCUUUCCUCUUGGAGGUCAGGCUCUUCCUUUGUGGGGCAACUCUUCAGUCAGCAUCCCAAUGUCUUCUAUCUAAUGGAACCAGCCUGGCAUGUAUGGGCAACCAUGUACCAAAACAGCGCCACGGUCUUGCACAUGGCAGUGCGGGAUCUCAUCCGGUCUGUCUUCAAGUGUGACAUGUCAGUGUUUGACGCCUACAUGCCCUGGAAGAGAAACAGAAAUUUGUCUGAUCUGUUCCAGUGGGCUGUGAGCCGGGCAUUAUGCACAGCGCCUGCUUGUAAAUUCUUUCAACGGACUGAUAUUACUGGGGAAAGUGCUUGCAAAACUCUCUGCGGCAAGUAUCCUUUCAGUAAAGCGGAAGAGGCCUGCAGAACCUAUAGCCACGUUGUCCUAAAGGAAGUCCGUUUCUUUGACCUCAAAGUCCUCUAUCCACUCCUUGCUGACCCCUCUCUGAACCUCAAAAUCAUACAUCUGGUCCGUGACCCAAGGGCUGUCCUGAAGUCUCGGGAACAGUCUGUCAAAGCCCUUGCCCGUGACAAUGGAAUAAUUCUGGGCAUAAAUAGCAGCAGAGUGGAUGAUGGUGGCUUUAAAGUCCUGCAGAAAAUUUGUAGAAGCCACGUUCAGAUCUAUGAAACAGCUAGUCAGAAGCCUCCAUUAUUUUUAAAAGAUCGUUAUUUAUUGAUCCGAUUUGAAGACAUCGUACGGGAUCCUUUAAUGGAAAUUACUGCAAUGUAUACAUUUACAGAUCUUCCAUCGACCCAGAAACUUGAGAAUUGGAUCUAUAAUAUUACACACGGACAAGGACCGAGUAAGAAGAAAGAAGCUUUCCAGAUCACUUCUCGAGACGCGCUCAAUGUUUCCCAGGCAUGGAGAAAUGUUCUUUCAUUCCAGAAAGUCCAAAAAGUACAAGAAGUUUGUAGAGGUGCUUUAAAUAUACUCGGUUAUCAAUUUGUAAAUUCUGAGAAAGAGCAGAAAGAUUUGUCUUUAGAUCUAAUAUUACCAAAUCGGAGAAGCCAAUUUCACUGGGCAUUGUUUCGUGAAAACUAAUUCAAAUAUUCCUUUGUUCAUUUAUCAAAUACCGUGAAAAGAUUUGUUGGUUUCAAUACAUCUGAGUUCUAUCAAACCAAGGAAUUGUAUAUUUUGUUGCUUUUUCAAAUUAAUAAUGCAUAACUUCCAGACUAGUUUUCAUCUGUGUAUGGUUAUAAUUUUUAUAUGCUACCAAAUGCCUCCUCGCUUUUUGUUUUUCUAAGCGUUCUUUCAUAUACAGGACUGUAAUAUUACUGAUAAAGAAUCAUGCUUGGUUGGAGGGGUUGAGAAUUUGUCGCUCUGAAAUGUUAAUGCACUCAAACUUCUACACGCCCCAGAGAAUAACAGGAAUAGAAAUCCAGCGAUUGGAAGGAUUUAUUUCAUUAUAUACUAUAUUUUUACAAACUGUAUUUCCUUUAUUUGUGUACCCCAACAUGCCACAGCUCUAAAAUUGUCUCUGCAUUUAUUAUACUCCUAUUUUUUUGAAUAUGGGCAUCCCUGAUUAUUUUUAAUAGUGAGGAUUAGUCCCUAAGGAAAAUUAAAUAGAAAAUGUAAUUGUUUUGCUAUAUAGUUGGAAAUCAAUAUUCUUGGGCAUCUUUUUAUCAUAUUGAAAGUAGCACUAUCCCACACCGGGCAGAUGAAUGUUACAAAUGUGUGCGGUUUAAUAACAGCCACCCGCAAUCUCCCUUCCAGAAAGCCAGGCUCCCGGGCGGGUCUGGCUUGCUGUGCAGAUUCAUAGCUGGGCAAGAGGGUGGGAGUGCAAUUGCCCAAUAGUCACCAAGCCAUUGGCAGUUCUGAAGGACAUGACUGGGAUCUUUAGUUUUGCCCAGAAGGCAGUUAGUCACACUCAAUAAAGCGUGGGCGUGAAAUGUAAGAGUUGAGGUUUAUCUGCUUAAAAAUUGUGAUCGUAGUAAAGUUAACGCCUUGCUGAUUUUGAUUUUGUAGAAAUUUGGCUCACUGUGUUUUAAAAAAGUUGGUAAACAAGAACUUGUCUUUUCAGCAACUACACAAUAGAAAACAGAUACUGAAAAUCUUCACACCUUUUAAGAUAGAUGCAAAACUAACUGGGAGAGAGUACUGUAACCAAUACAUUUAUCACUCAUAGAAUGUUAUUUAGAGAGAAUACUUUCCGUUGAUUAA